AUCAAGGAUGAUGACAUCUCAAGUGGCACACGCACACGCUUUUGGUGUUCCAUUUCCUUCCUACGCAACAACGCAAGUGCUAGUUACGUUUCCUGUGUUUGAUCGAUCAUGGACUACGAUUUCAGAACCAGGUCCGGCCAACAACAACCUCCGAUGUACCGUGCGCCACCGUCGUCGUCUUCUCCGUCGUCUAUCUACCCCAAGAUUGGCCCCCACCCUCCCGGCGCCGCCGUCGGCCGUCCCUCAUCGUACCACCAGAAUCCGGCUCCUCCAUCUUCUUCAGGAUUGGGAAUUAGGGUUGCUAUAAAGCCAGAUUAUAGGAUCACGCCGCCGCCUCAUUUAUUACCACACGUGGUGGAUAUUCCGCGGAGUAACUUUCAAUUUGAUUUUGGAUUGGAGAGAAAAGUUUUGGCUGAAGGCGAGAAGGAUAACCCAAAUUGGAGCAAAUUUGGGUUGGAAAAUCUUCCAACUAAAGUUUCUGAUCAUACAUCAUCAUCAUCACCAAAGGUUACUUCUUCAGAUCCCACUGUGAGCAAAUAUAUAGCCAUGGGGCUUAAUCGAGAGGCUGUUCCCAUUGCUAUUGGGCAUUAUGGUGAUAAUCCAACCAAAGUUCAGGAAUUUGUCAAUGGAUACACCCUUUUGCGUGAAAUGGGAUUUUCAUCAAGCAGCGUUGCUGAAGCCUUGGUUAUGCAUGACAAUGAUACAGACAAGGCACUUGCGCAUUUUCUAAGUGGCUCAUCAUGAGGCUCCAGAGGCAUGCUUGUUGUAGGUUCAUUAUUGAUGAAGAAAUGUAAGUUCCUUUGGUGUUGUAAUGGUAAAUAAUGGUUAAAUAUAGUUAAGGUAAUGGGCACUCUGCUAUUGUCAGUCGUGGUAAAUAUUGGUUUGAAGGUAUUGGGUGUUACAGAGAGAACACAUAGAGUAGAUCUUUACUUUACCCAUAUUAUAAUCCAGCUGUAAGAUUUUAUUUCAGAAAGACCUUAACCUUUCUACCAGAAAGAUUUUACGUUUCCUUUUGGCUAA